CAGUCGCCGGCAAAGGCACCGGAGGUGCGAGAAAGACGACUAAAACCGAUCCGACGAAUUCGGAGGCUGGGCAAACGGCCGGGUAUAAAACACUUGAUCGACGCCGAAGCCAGCAUCAGUCACGCUUAACUUCGUUUUCCUGCACCACACCAGCUGCAAACAUGAAGGUCGCGGUUGUUUUCCUGGCCAUGUUGGUCUGCGUCCUGGCAGAGAAGUACACGACGAAAUACGACAACAUCGACUUGGAUUCGAUCCUCAACAGCGAUCGUCUACUCAACAACUACGUAAACUGCCUGCUGGACGCCGGAAACUGUACACCCGACGGCAAGGAGCUUAAACAGUCCCUGCCGGAUGCUUUGGCGAACAAUUGCGAUAAGUGCAGCGAAAAGCAGAGAGAGGGCAGCGAGAAGGUGAUCCGAUUCCUGAUCAACAAGCGGCCACAGAUCUGGGAACGGCUGUCGAAGAAGUACGACCCGACUGGCGAGUACAAGCUGAAAUUCCAGGAUCAGGCGCAACAACGUGGAAUCGAAUUACACUAAGCGGUUCGCGAUGUAGAAGACGUCCAAGUAGCCUUCGAAGACGAUUCGUCGACACCUCCAUUGAUAAAUCGGCUACGUCGUUUCUUAAAUUCUGUACUCGGUUAAAAGAUUGCAAAAUAAACGUUGCAUUUGCGUAGAA